AUGGUCACGAUCAACCCUAACGGGAAUGGACAUGCCAGGGACCACAAUGCCCUACAAACGCGACGACUGGGAAUGGACGCGCUGGAGGGAAAAAUAGUGUACCUAGCGCGUCAAACCAGUCCGCACAGCAUCCUGGUCGGGCUGGUCACCCAGGACAAGCAGCCUUUGGAUAUCACCCUCCUCGCGGACACUACGCGCCUCCCAGCUACGGUCAUCUACCACCUCUACCACCUCUACCACCCCUACCAGCCCUACCACCUCUGCCGCCUUCUCGUAGACGUGUUAGUUCUAUUACUUUCAACGGUCAAGAAUGUGAGGCAACCCGGUGCGAACUUCGGGGGUCGUUUCUCGUUCGGCGAAGGCGCGAGGAAUAUGCGGAUCGAUGGUAUUCGUGUUGACGUAGAUGUUGGGCCUGGAAGCACUGGUUCUCAAAGUGCUGUUCGCACCCCGAGUGACGGCGAAGAUGACGAGAAUGCCACUAUGCAGGACGAGGCUAGCACAAGCGACAGCGACAGCCCCUCUACACCGAGCACCCUCGACUCGGACAACCAAGGACCCCGAUCUCGACCCGGGCCGUACUCUUAUUUCGGGCGCGAUCCCCGGUGCGGCCCCGAUGGCGCUAGCGCGCACAGAGGUCAUCGUUACCCAAACCACUCGGCUCCGUACACAAUGCCUCCCCCCCCUGGAAGACGCAUCGAGGCCUUCCACGGAAUCGAAGACAUGGAUAUGGAUGGUCUGAAUGUCAACGUCCGAGGGGGACGUGCUUGCGACGGAAUUGGCGCGUUCAACUACGCGAAAGGUAUAAAAAUAAAAGGAGGGAAUGUCUUCCUCAGCCUCGAUUAG